CAUAAAAGCUGAAAGAAGCAGCAGAAGAACAAAAUGGCGACAUCAACAACAACAGAGUCAGAGAACAAACUCCAGCUGGUUCACAGGCGCGUGCGAGCUUUUCCAGACUUCCCAAAGACAGGCGUCUUAUUCAGAGACAUCUGUCCCAUCUUGAAGGACCCGGCAGCUCUGACUGCAGUCAUUGACCUGUUUGAAGAACACGUGAGGAAGAAGCACGAGCAGGUGGAUCUGAUCAUAGGUUUAGACGCUCGUGGCUUUCUGUUUGGACCUCUGCUUGCCCAGAGGCUCGGCGUCGGCUUCGUUCUGAUCAGAAAGAAAGGCAAACUGCCAGGAGCUACUGUGUCUGUGGCGUAUGAUCUGGAGUAUGGCAAGGCAGAGGUGGAGGUCCAGGAGGAUGCUGUGGCAGAAGGACAGAAAGUUCUGCUCAUUGAUGACCUUCUAGCUACUGGAGGGACCAUGUCCGCGGCCGUGGAGCUGGUGAAGAAGCAGCAGGCCCAGGUUCUGGACUGCCUGGUGCUCGUAGAGCUCAAAGAGCUGAACGGUAGAGACAAGCUCAAACCACACGGUGUGUUUUCUCUGCUUCAGUACUGAGGCGCGAGGAAGCGACACACUGCUGACGCACAUCUAACAACAAGUGUCAUUCGGCCAAAAUGAUACGUAGUGAUGCACAAUAUGAAAAAUUUCAACCGAUAAAUUCAUAUUUAAUAUAAUCUGAAUAGAAUGUGCAGUGAUGAAACACUGAUGUUUUAGUAGCUCUGGUCUAGAACAGCAUGUGGUCAUUUGCUGUAAAUAAUAACAGUAAGUAUUUGUGGAGUUAAGUCAAAUAUUUUUUAAAUCUAAAAUGAUAUGCAUUGACAUGUCGACCUCAAUUACAAAAAUGUCAUCGAAUAAAUAAAGUUUACAGAAUUA